UUGUCAUGUGACGUGACUUCCGCUGACGGUUUAGUAGCAAGAUGGCGGCGGGCGGCAGCGGCGGCGAUGAUGCGUUUCAGACCUUCUACACAGAGGUGAAGCAGAUCGAGAAGAGAGACUCAGUUUUAACCUCCAAACAGCAGAUCGACAGGUUACUGCGACCAGGAGCUUCAUACUUCAAUCUCAACCCGUUUGAGGUCAGCUUGUGUCAGGCAUCACUGAAGCUCACACUGUUACCCACCGCCACUGGUGUUGUAGAAUACACACAUAUAUAUAUAUAUGUAUACACUAGUGCUGUCAGACGAUUAAUCCGUUUCAGACAGCUGUCCAUCCUCGUCCAUCCAGACAAGAACCAGGACGAUGUGGAUCGAGCCCAGCAGGCCUUCGAAGCGGUCGAUAAGGCCUAUAAGAUGCUGCUGGAGCCAGAGCAUAAGAAGAAGGCGCUGGAUGUGAUCCACGCGGGGAAGGAGUACGUUGAGCACAUGAUGAGCCAGCAGAAGAAGCAGCUCAAGAAGGACGGGAAGCCCACAGAGGUGGAGGAAGACGACCCGGAAGUGUUCCGGCAGGCGGUUUAUAAACAGACCAUGAAGCUCUUUGCCGAGCUGGAGAUCAAGAGGAAAGAGCGAGAAGCCAAGGACAUGCAUGAACGGAAGAGACAGCGGGAGGAGGAGAUCGAGACGCAGGAGCGCGCCAAGAGAGAGCGAGAGUGGCAGAAGAACUUUGAGGAGACGCGUGAUGGACGUGUGGACAGCUGGAGGAGCUUCCAGGCCAAAGGCAAGACUAAGAAAGAGAAGAAGAACCGCACGUUCCUCAAGCCGCCCAAAGUCAAGAUGGAGCAGCGCGAGUGAGACGCUCCUGAGACGCUCCUGAGACGCUCCGCUGUACAGACGAAGAUCCUGAGCCUCAGUCCUGUCCAACAGACCUUUCCUCAGACGCGCUGUUCCUUCUGCAAAUAAACAUUUGUUUGUAGAUAUCUCGUUCUAGGUUUUAUAUUGUACACAGUUACACCUUUGUUUUUGUCUGACUGUAUGAGUUUCAUGUUUGUUUGUGAGAGGAAGAGUUUUAAUAUUAAAUGGAUUAAAUCUGAA